GUUAGUUACGUAAGAAUAUGACUGAUGCAAUCGCCGCGUGUGCUGAAUUACAACUUUCGAGAUGAUGAAUAAAUUUUUGGGAUGGCUGGCGGCUAACCGACGCGAUGAGAGAUCGAGACCGUGAGACGAGAACCGACAUGUUUUUACCAUCGCUCUUACGCUACGACGCCGUUUUGGUACUUUUUUAACAUCGAGUACAGGAAUACGAGAAGAGCGAAAGGAGGGAAACUUUCCUUUCCCGCCAAACGAACCGUGAGACGACGGCUCUCAGCGAGUGCGCUGAACAAGCUCGCGCGCCGUUUGUUCCUCCGCGCGCGAUGCAGUUCGAUUUCUGCCGUCCAUCUGUCGUUUCGUUCAAUUUGCGACAGUGACGUGUGUCUUUCCCGGUGAUAAACCAUAAUUUGCGGGCGAAUUAUUAUUGCGUCGGUACCGGUGAACGGCACGACUGCGGAAAUCCAGUCGAUGAGACCCUUCCUCCGCCCCCUUGCCCGGAAAUGUCAUGGCCAAAUCGCGCGAAAAUGUCGCGCGACGUCGAUUACCAUCGCGAAAGUGUCGCGAAUUUACGCGGUGUCUCGGCGAACUUCUCGCCGCGUCUUCGUCUUCUCAUUAAUUUAAUCGCCGAUUUUUCAGAGUGAAGCGUUUCUCGGUGUGAAAGUUGUGCACGCGAUGUCAUGCGUCGCACUUGCUUCCUCGUGACAAAUUUGCAAACGAUUCGUAACAGGCUUUAUAUAACGUGUGCUAAACAGUUUUUUUAGAUCACAUCAUACACACACACACACACACGUGGACUAACAAUUUUUUGCAUUUGCAUAGACAUUUGUUAGAAAGAGGAAAAGAUCAAGGCGGUUUCAACACUGCAGUUCUUAACACACAUUUAUAGAAUAGAGUUUGUAUUAUCACGGACAAAUAAAAAAGAGAGAAAGAUGUUAAUUUUUUUGAACUUGCGACAUGUAUGGAGAAGAAAUAUUAGAUGAGACACAUGACGUCGACAUGACGACAAGCGCGCUUUGAUCGAAGAAAAUUCAGACUCAUUUCUGUUGGACACGAGUUCCUGCAGACGAAAUUUCUGCCUCUUGGGAGCCGGAAAUUCUGUUCCCUUCGACCAAAAUCAACGAUUAAUCGUGUCACCGUCAAUUAAUUCAGCCAAACUAUUUUCUUCGUGGAUGAAUGGUAAUAGUAACGACAAAUUUAUGUAACGACACAAUUUUCGCGAUCAGAGAUGCGGGCAAUGAUAAAAUAGAAAAAUUAGUGACGGGGAGGAAAAAAUGCAAGGGGGAAUAGUGAUUCUUAUCGUUCCUCUUAUCAUCUCUCAUCAUCGCCAGUAAGGAUCGCACUCGCGAAAGGAGGUGGUGCUGUAGAACUAGCCAUGCACGUCGAUACAGGAAUCUCGUGUAUCUACCUGUACAACGUACAACUGUUGUACGAUGGGAGGGAGAGAAAGGACUGGAAGCGGAUAGGUGUUCCUUUCUCCAACAGAGCGCUGAAAACCGGCUAGCCGCUCUUGCGGCGACUCCAAGUGCGGUUAGUGCGAUGGAAAGCUAAAGAGUGUACGCCUCGCGGGACUUGCGAGGAGUAGCUGUUCGAGAUUUCGCAUAGAAAAUUCGCGCCUUACCGGUGCGUUCGAUCCGAUCGAACUGUCGCGCCUAUAACUGGAUGAGCCAGCAUCGCAUGUCCUUUACUUCACAACUGGUCCUCAGCCAGCUCACAAGCCUCAGCCAGGAUGUUUGAGAAAUUAACGGACGACGCCGUCGUAAAUGAUGGUGUGGUGGAGGAACGUUUCCGUGUGAUCCUCGAAGAAGGUGCCAAAACUCCGAUGGACUUUGACUGGGUGAAACCGGAAAUGCCUCCGUAUUACGACGAGAGAAAAUUUCGGCUUGGGCAACAAGCUUUCUAUAAUAACGUGUUCUCGAUGAUGAUUGCAAAAUUAACUGGUCUGGUGUCUCUCUUGUCCAUCAAGAGCAUACUAGACGUAGUUAUGUUUACCAAACAAAGCGGUAUUCCUUGCCUGGCUUAUCGCAGAUACGCAAUGACGAUUCUUCAUACGCUAGUGUGGCUCGGAAAGGACCCUGUAAAAUCCAAGGAAUUCCUGGAAUCCUUGAUGAUCGUACGGAAGAAGCAUUGCGUUGCAUUCAGAAGAAGCACCGAGGCUGGUUUACAGCGGGCAACGCAGCUGGAUAUGUCGCUGGCCCAGUUCGGAUUCAUCGGUUACAUCAUGAUCAGCAGCGAGAAACUGGGCAUCAAGACCACUCGUGAGGAAAUGGAAGGCUUGGUUCAUGUUUGGAGGGUCAUCGGGAGCAUGCUCGGGAUGGAGGAGAAAUUCAAUCUUUGUUCGGGGACAGUCGAGGAAGCGCGCGCUCUUUGCCAAAGGAUAUUGGACGAGGUGUUCCUACCAGCUCUGACAAACAAAAACGAGCACUUCGACUCGAUGGGUCGGGUGAUGCUGGAGAGCCUCUGGUGCAUCAACUUUGGCAUCGACCCACAAGCGUUCAUCACGUUCACAUAUUAUCUGGCCUCUUUAUCCGCGUGCAACAAUAAUCAUUCCAUCGUGACAGACACCUCGAGCAUGUCGUUUCACAGCAGGUUCUUAUUCUCCCUGCAAUGUUUCGUGCUGAAUUACCUGAUGCGACCUACCGCCUGGUGGGCCUGGUUCUUUCGCGCGUUCUACAACAGCCUGAUGCGACUCUCGCUCUUCUUGCUGGAAAAAUAUCCUUAUUUUGCUAUUCAGAGAUACGGCGAGAAGUACGCUAAAGUCAAUAUCUUCCGUUGAACGUUGAACAACGUUCCGAUCGAGCGUUUAACCGAACUGAUGAAAGAGAGACGAAGAUUUCACGGGAUUGUAUCGAAAUUGUGACGCUCAGAGUAGUGAGACAGACGACGAUUACGCGAUCUACUAUUAUUGUAUUAUUGAAUCGCAGGAUAUCGUAGAUUUCCAUAAAAAGACAGAAGGACACAUAGCACGUUAGUUCAAUUGUAUCAAAUGAUGUAAUAUUACAAGUUUAUAGAAGUUAAAGGAUGGAUGAAACGCUCAAUAACGUACGUAUUAUAAUAAGUUGUUAUCACUAAUAAUAAGGUGUUAUAUGCAUGUAACAAUGCAAUUAUAAGAAUUGUUAGGGCACAAUUAUUGGAUUGGAGCUUCCAAUAUCUCUUUGAAGUGCCUGAAGAGAGAAAAAGUAUCGGAGACAGUAUUAUCGCUCAUUUGUUAAUUGUGAUUUGUGCAAAUACUUCUGAAAUAUUCAGAUACUUUUUACACGAACAAAUUGUAUUAUAAAACACAUUAUAUUAUCGCUCGACUUCUUGACUCAGUUUAUAAAACUAUCGAACGAAUAAUAAAGAGAGAAAUAUAAGAAUGCAUUUCUUUAAAUAUAGGAUAUUAAGACGGCAUAAAGCGAUUGCCGAUUUGACUUGAGCUUUCAACAUCAGGAUUGUAUAAUACGCCGCUUGUCUUUGGCGAAAUAAAUCAU